AACACUCGUCUCUGCCGAAGAAAAGAAAAAGAGAAUGCAAGAAGCUAAGAAACUUCAUGCUCACAUAAUAAUCAAUGGAUUCCAGCACCAAGAAAUUUAUCUUCGAAAACUCAUUACAUUCUUCGCAAUUACUAACCCUUCUUCUCUAAAUUAUGCACGCUUGAUUUUCGAUCAAAUUCAAAAGAAAUCGACUUUCAUUUACAACACCAUGAUACGAGCUUAUUCUUCGAGUUGUAAUCCACAAUAUUCAUUCAUUCUUUAUAACCAAAUGCACAGAAACGGGCGACCCUCACUUGAUAAAUACACAUUCCCUUUCUUAAUCAAAGCUUGUUCAGUUCUCAGCGACAUUCGUAAAGGGGAAGAAACUCACUGUCAAGCUGUUAAGCAUGGGUUUGGUACUAAUAUAUUUGUUCAGAAUUCAUUAAUCCAUUUUUACGGGUCAAAUGCUAAGUUUAAUUAUGCUCGGUCAGUGUUUGAUGAAAUGCUUGAAAGAGAUGUUGCGACAUGGACUACAUUGCUGUCUUGUUAUGCUAAUCAUGGUUCAGUAGAAACUGCACGCAAGUUGUUCAAGGAAAUGCCUGAGAAGAGUGUUGUUUCUUUUAGUGCGAUGAUUACGGGUUAUGUUAGAAAGGGGCGGUUUAAAGAAGCAUUGGAAUUAUUUCGUCAGUUACAGAUGCAAGGGUUGGAACCUAAUGAUUCUACUAUUAUGGGUGUCAUUUCCGCCUCUGCUAAUUUGGGUAGUUUAGAUACUGGUAAAUGGAUCCAUUCUUAUAUUAAGAAUAAGAAAGGAAAUCAAUUCGAUAGUUGGAUAAAUACUGCACUGAUUGAUAUGUAUUUUAAGUGCGGGAGCAUCAAAGAUGCCAUACUUGUUUUCCAAGGAGUUAAGGAGAAGCUUGUGGGAGAAUGGACAGCAAUGAUUUCUGGCAUGGCAAUGCAUGGUUUUGGAGAGAGAUCAGUUGAUUUGUUUGAAAACAUGGUGGAAUCGGGUGUUAAGCCUAAUACAAUCACAUUUGUCGGUCUCCUAUCUGGUUGCACCCACACAGGAUUGGUUAAAGAAGGAUUAAUGUAUUUUGAGAGAAUGGAAACAGAGUUUGGGAUUGAACCCACGGUUGAACACUUUGGCUGUGUGGUCGAUCUUCUAAGCCGGGCAGGAUUGAUUGCACAAGCUGUUAAGUUCAUGAACAAUAUGCCAUUGAAAGCUAACGCUGCUAUGUGGGGUGCACUUUUAAACGCAUGUAGAGUUCACAAGAAUGUCGAAGUGGGAGAGUUAGCAGCAAGAUGGUUAUUGAGAGAAGAACCAAGGAAUGCAGCAAUUUAUAUGAGUCUGUUGAGUUUGUACACAGAAGCUAAGAGAUGGGAUGAUGUUGUUAUGGUAAAGAGAGAAAUGAAGGAACUCGGUUCCAGGAAAAGUCCAGGUUGCAGUUUGAUUGAUGUUAAUGGUACUUCCUAUGAAUUUGUUGCGGGGGACAAAUCAUUCCCACCUGCAUUACAGAUUAGCUUACAAAUUGAUGAAUCAAUAAAGGAAGCAAAAGAAGAUUACAUUUAUAGGUGGGAUUGAGUUUUCUGGUGCAUGUUACAUUCUCAAGAUCAAAUUCAUGAAGCAAAAAUGGUACGAGGACUCCAAAUUGUACCACCUAGUAGAAGCAUUUCCAGGGGUUCGUUCAAAGUUGUAAGUGCUGGGAUAACAAUUGCUUAAUGCUGAACUCAGUGCAUUGAUUAAUCAAGGGGUUAUUAACUUCUAGCCUUUUACUAAGAAAUUGUCUUGGCAUUCCCAAGGAAGGGCGAGUGAAGGGUGCAGAAUGCAGACAAGCGAGGAAGGUGAUGGCUAGUCUUGGAAGCAAUCAGAUGGGGCAAGGAAAGGGAGAAAACAAUAAAGAUUGACUCAAGCUGUUGCAAACAAAAAAACCAUAAGCACUUGCGGUUUUGUAUGAGGGAAUGAAGGUUUGUAUUCUGCAUUGGUGGUUUGUUUCUCGCAGGUGCUCUUUCCUCGAAUGUUACUGGCAGCAUGUGCCCUCAAAUGUAAGCUAGUAGAUCGGAUCGUUCUUGGCAUACGGGAGAUAAAAUCGUAAGAUUCCAACGAAGGAAUGAGUACGGUAAUCUUAAUAUUGUUCCUUUAUUCUGCUAAAAAGAAUUAUUAUUCAAUGAAUUAUAUAUUUCAUUCUCACGAAACCAUCAUCCACUAAAGACUAAAGUUCUUCCAUUUGUUCUUCCCAUGACCACCUAAUGCCUGGGUUUGUUCCCCUGGUCGUGUGGUCAAUUUUCUGAGCCGGGCAGGAUUGAUUGCAGUAUGCCACUGAAAGCUAUUAAGGAUGUCCAAGUGGGCUGAGUUUGUAUACAGGAAUUAAGAGAUGGGAUGAUAUUGUUAUGGUCAAGAGAGAAAGGAAGGAAACCAGUUCUAGGAAAAUUACAUGGUGUAGUUUUGAUUGAAGUUAAUGGUGUUCCUUUUUAAUCUGAGGCUGGGGAUAUAUCACAUGAAUCAAUUAAGAAGUUAAAGAAGAGAUCGGUACAUUAUACAAUCUCAUGAUCAAAUUCAUGAAAGCGAAAAUGAUACCAAGGGUUGAUUGAAUUUGGAAUGAAAGAACAUAUAUAAGGACUUCUAGCCUUGUACCAAGAAAUUGUCUUGGCAUUUGUAAGGAAGUUAGGAAAGUGAUGGCUAAAUUUGGAAGCAAUCAGACGGCCAAGGAAAGGGAGGAAACAACAACAGAGAUUGAGGACUCAAGCUGAUAAUGGUGCAACCUUAUCAGAGCUAUUAGACGAGAAGAAAGCAAAUUGACCUUACAGGCUAAAGGAAGGUAAAAAGUCUCUUGGUAUACCUACUCCUCAGAAGGUACCAUUUUCUUAGCCAGGCCGGAUUGAUUGCACAAGCGGUUCUAGUUCAUGGAUAAUAUACUGUUGAAAAUAUACUGUUGAAAGCUAGAGAGAUAUGAAGGUUGUUGGUUGUAGGAAAAGUCCAGGUUGCUGUUUGAUUGAAGUUAAUGGUGUCUCUUAUGAAUUUGUUGCUGGGGAUAAACUAAUACCCUCCUGCAUUACAAAUUAGUUUACAAAUUGAUGAAUCAAUAACACAGUUAUUGGUGUGAUUGAGUUUUCCAGUAAAAUUUAAGAUGAAAUUCAUGAAGGGGAAACGGUACUUGAACUCCCAUCUGUGCCACCUACUAGAAACACUCCACGAGUUCAAACUUUAGAGUCUUAGACUGACAUGCUUCAGACGAAUACCAGUGAUAUUUGGGAUCCCAAAAUCUAGAUAGAAUGAUGAUUCUGUUGUAAAGACAAAUGCCGGGGUGUUCAUUUUCUGGUCACACCACAUCUUAAUCUUAUGUAUCGUAGAACGCACAUCCAACAUUUUGAACGCCCUUUUAUCUCGGAGAUGUGUUAAAAUGGAAUCGUUUGCAGUUGCAGAACAGUUUUGCAACAAAAAUCCAAAAGGGCAAUAUGUAA